CCCCGAAAUCCAGUGGAAAAAAUGGCGGACUGGCGGUAACUCCUUGGCAACAACAACACGCUACAAAGCUAGCUCACGUCUACAAACACGGCAGCGAGCCGCGUCUUCUUCCAGGACGCGGCGUCGUCGCGGAGCCCGUGAAAGCAAACGUGAUCCUUUCAGACAGUGUACCGGGUGGCGGUUUGAACGCCGGAAGAAAAAGGCGCACUUUGGUUGAGAAGGGGCCCGUCCGGUUGCUGAUCAUGAACUUCUAACGGUGCUCGCACACUAUCAUAUACCGAGAUUGUUCCGUGUCAUUGGAACAUGAGGAAGCCUGUGCCGCAGAAAGCUAUAGAGUGGAAAGAUGCAAGAAGGAUCAAGCACGCUCGGAGUGGACGUCCCUCCCGGUUGCCCUCCCUCUUCCAAGGCCAUUUCAGUUGGGAGAAGUACCUCAAAGAUACAGGCGCCAGUGCGGCACCUGCUUCAUGCUUCCGUCAGAGCCUGACACCGCCGAUCAAUGAGUUCAAAGCGGGUAUGAAGCUGGAGGCUCAGGACCCGCGCAACACCACCUCCACCUGCAUCGCCACUGUGGUGGGCCUGACGGGCUCGCGGCUCCGCCUGCGCCUGGAUGGCUCAGACAACAAGAAUGACUUCUGGCGCCUGGUGGACUCGUCCGAGAUCCAGCCCAUUGGCAAUUGCGAGAAGAGCGGCGGAAUGCUGCAGCCGCCGCUUGGUUUCCGCCUCAACGCAUCCUCCUGGCCCUUGUUUCUUCUGAAGACACUCAAUGGUGCUGAGAUGGCCCCUCCACGCAUCUUUCACAAGCAGGAGCCCCCCGCUCUGGAGAAGAACGCCUUCCAAGUGGGCAUGAAGCUGGAGGCGGUGGACCGCAAGAACCCUCACUUCAUCUGCCCGGCCACGGUGGGCGCGCUGCGCGGAGUGGAGGUGCAGGUCACCUUUGACGGCUGGCGCGGUGCCUUCGACUACUACUGCCGCUACGACUCGCGCGACAUCUUCCCGGUGGGCUGGUGCGCCCGAACCGGGGACAACCUGCAGCCGCCUGGAACAAAAGCGGUGAUGCCAAGGACGGUAGGGCCGUUAACAGACGGCACCGUGGACAGCUCGGCCGUGCACGCGCCCCCUGCAGUAAGCAAAGCUGCUGGUCAAAGGGGCCGCAAACCCGGCCGCAGGAAAGCCAAGGGCUCCUGGAGUCAAAAAGCCUCAGCACUGCCAAGCAUCCGGACAGACAAAGGCCUGGAGCCUGUUAAGGUGCCCAAGAAACGCGGACCCAAACCAGGGCGGAAGUUGAGCUGGGUGAAGAAAGCCAGCUUCUCGCCGGACGCCACGGCCGGGCCCGGGCGGCCUACGACGGGCCCGGGACGACCCCGUGGGAGGCUCUCAGUCAACUGGGCGCAGAGGUUAGCCCUGCCGCAGACGCAGGACGCGCCCGUCAAGAUUCCAAAGAAAAGAGGCCCAAAGCCUGGCAGCAAGAGAAAACCUCGCCUGGUAGCUAAUCCAGUCCCCACGUCUCCCACCAGCAGCACCCCGGAGCCCGACACCAGCACCGUGCCCCUCGACAACGCCACCAUCCCCAAAUUUGCACUACAGGCCCCUACAGUAUGCGUCUACCUAAACAAGUACAGCAAGGUUGGUCCCCAUUUUGAGCAGCGACGCAUCCGCCAGCUGCCCGACCACUUCGGUCCCGGCCAGGCGUCAUCGGUGCUUCAGCAGUGUGUCCAAGCCUGCGUCGACUCCGCCCACAACCAGGCCACCGUCUUUUCCUGCCUUAAGCCCGGCCAGGGCGGCAAGGUCAUUUCAGCCUUCUUUGAGAAGCAGCAGCACACGCUGACGCUGCCCAUCGCCAGCAGCGUCACCUACGUCCUCCGCUUCCUGGAGAAGCUCUGCCACAACCUACACUGUGACCCGCUUUUCGGCAGUCAGCCUGUGGCCGGAGAAAGUCCGCUCUUCACUACAGACAGGAAAGGUUUGGCAGAGUUGACCACGAAUCCCAGUCGAGGCACCAAGAGGCACCUGCAGGACUCGCACAAAAACCCCCUGGCCAAGAUCUCCCGGGCCGCUGCCAAUUGGCAGUCCGUGGAGAGCAGCGUCGCGGCGGCAAGAUUGGAGCACUUCAAGAUGAGGCCCCUCUCCCCCAGCUCGCAAAAGUUGGGGAGCCGUGUACAGUCGUCAGGAUCGAGUUGUUUUGGGGAAAGCCCCAAGCCCGGCGGUCAGGACCCCAACGUGUGGAGCGUUGACGACGUCAUGCACUACAUCCGAGACAUCGACCCCGUGCUGGCGCCGCACGCUGACCUGUUCAGGAAACAUGAAAUCGAUGGCAAGGCGCUGCUGCUGCUGCGUAGCGACACCAUGAUGAAGUACAUGGGCCUGAAGCUGGGCCCCGCCCUCAAACUCACCUUUCACAUUGACAAGCUAAAACGAGCCUGAGCGCCCGAGGGGCCCCGACGUAUGCAGCUUUUCCUUCCUUCCUUCCAAAGGUCGCCACUGCCCUCCAGGAGCACUCCUGCAUACGUGGGCCGCCAUUUUCGUCCGCCUCAUCCAAUGAGGACGGGACUUGAUUUCAUGUAGCACAACCCAACCCCAAGGCAGUAUGGCGGGUGUAUCUAGUUUCUGCUUUUUGUUUUCUUAUUCCGACAAUUACACUUCAAAUGGGCUUUUUUUAUUUAAUGGCCCGAUUGUACAUUUGACCUUUUGUACUUUAAAUAUGAUGUAAUUUGUUCUUGUGUUGGAGAAUUUGAAAUGAUCAAAUUACUACAUCUGGCAUUCCUUGUCACAAAUGUCUCUUAUGAAGGCACGCACGCACAACCACAACAUCAACGAAAGCCAGACGAAUUAGCAUUUUAUCUCUAAAUGAGAGACUGAUCCUUCAAAAUCUGUUGUUUGUUGCUAUGGAUGUUGUUUACAUCGUCUCAACUUGGUUAUUUGUACUUUUUUUUUUUUUAAAUGUUUUGAUACUAUACUAUUAAUUCCUACAUGAAAAGAACUACCACGUGUUAACAACACUGCUUAUAAAUAUAUGAUGCAACUUUGAA